CGGUCGAAUUUUGCACAUCGAAUAAAACUUGAGUGUUUUAUUUAAUAUAUUAAUUUAUAUACGUAGUAUUAAUAUGAGAAAUUAGGAUUUCAUAGCGUGCCUAAAAUUUAAUAAGAAAUUUCAAUGUAUGUAAAGUGGCGCCAUCUUCCUGUACGAAACGAUCUUUGCUAAUAUUUGUUUCACAGUUUUAACGUUCGUAUCAUGUUUUAUAUUUUUCAUGCGCGUACAAUGUAUCUCAUGUAUAUCAAUUGUAUAUGUAUAUAUAUUUACAUGUGAAAAUGUAUUAAGUAUACGUCGUUUUAAUUAAUUAAUUCACGUGUACCGAAUAUGGUAAUAAAUACUAAUUUUAAAGAUUAAUGACGAAUAUGUGAGUGCUUUUAAAUAAUUUGUAAAAAUUUGUAUUUUGUAUAAAUAUAAAAAUGUUGAGACGACGACAUGUCAACGUUAAGACAGUUAAGGAACUGGAUGCAUUUCCCAAAGUUCCCGAAUUAUACGUCGACAAAACUGCAGUGGGAGGAACAUUCUCUAUCUUUACAAUGUUAAUCAUCGCAUAUUUGAUAAUAGCAGAAACAAGUUAUUUUCUUGAUAGCAGAUUGCAAUUCAAAUUCGAGCCUGAUACUGAAAUUGAUGCAAAGUUGCAAAUUAAUAUCGAUAUAACAGUGGCUAUGCCAUGUGGUCGUAUUGGUGCUGAUGUUUUAGAUUCUACAAAUCAAAAUAUGAUAAGUUAUGAUACUUUAGAGGAAGAGGAUACAUGGUGGGAAUUAACACAAGAGCAAAGAGCACAUUUUGAAGCUUUGAAACACAUGAAUUCAUAUUUAAGAGAAGAAUAUCAUGCUAUUCAUGAGCUUCUUUGGAAAUCCAAUCAGAUUACUCUUUACAGUGAAAUGCCAAUGCGGUCGCAUAAACCAGACUAUGCAACAAAUGCUUGUCGUAUUCAUGGUAGUUUAGUUGUGAAUAAAGUCGCAGGAAAUUUUCAUAUAACUGCUGGGAAAUCAUUAUCUUUGCCACGUGGUCAUAUACAUAUUUCUGCAUAUAUGACGGAUCAAGAUUAUAACUUCACUCAUAGGAUCAAUAGAUUUUCUUUCGGUGGACCGAGUCCAGGCAUUGUGCAUCCUCUUGAAGGUGAUGAAAAGAUUGCAGAUAAUAACAUGAUGUUAUAUCAAUAUUUUGUUGAAGUUGUCCCUACUGAUAUUAGAACAUUAUUAAGUACAUCUAAGACAUACCAAUACAGUGUUAAAGAUCAUCAAAGACCAAUUGAUCAUCAUAAGGGAUCUCAUGGGAUACCAGGAAUUUUUUUUAAAUAUGAUAUGAGUGCACUUAAGAUAAAAGUAACUCAGGAACGUGAUACCAUUUUUCAAUUUCUAGUGAAAUUAUGUGCUACCGUGGGCGGUAUUUUUGUUACAAGUGGAUUAGUUAAAAAUAUUGUACAAAGUUUUUGGUAUAUUGUGUACUGCAAAUUUUUAAACUCUGAAAAGAAAGCAGAUCUUAAACAUUCCACGAAUUAUCGGGCUUCUGGUACAAUAAAUUUACUUGAUGUCGCGACCCCUCAAAGUAUCGAUAUCAUGUUGAAGCCUCAAUAAAAAUUCGUGAGUUAAUAUUUCCUAUGUGAGUGUAUGGAAAAAAAUAUAACAUUAGAAAUUAUGAUAUUGAUAUAUCAAGAUAUAUGUAUGUGAUA